AAAAUAUUAGUGAAAGAUUUUUAAAAUAUCUUUAAAUGGAAGCUAAAAUUGUACCCUCUGAUAUUGAAAUCAGUCAGGCAUCUCCUCUUCAGCCAAUAGCCGAUAUUGCUGAAGCUGCAGGAAUUUUGAAAGAAGAAAUGAUUCCUUAUGGAGAGAAUAAACUAAAGGUCAAAGAUGUAAGAGAGAGAUUACAGGAUCAAAAAGAUGGCAAUUAUGUGGUAGUAACUGCUAUCAAUCCAACACCUUUGGGUGAAGGAAAGAGUACCACCUUGGUUGGCCUCUCACAAGCUUUGGGAGCCCACUUAGACAAGAAAGUCUUCACUUGCAUGAGACAACCUUCACAAGGCCCUACCUUUGGAAUCAAAGGAGGAGCUGCUGGAGGUGGAUACUCCCAGGUUAUCCCAAUGGAGGAGUUUAAUCUCCAUUUGACAGGAGAUAUCCAUGCUAUAACGGCUGCUAAUAACUUAUGUGCCGCUGCUAUUGAUGCGAGGAUGUUCCAUGAAUCUACUCAAAAAGAUUCCCCUCUUUUCAACAGACUGUGUCCAAAGGGAAAGGAUGGCAAGAGAAGCUUUGUCCCAGUGAUGCUCAAGAGGCUCAAAAAGCUUGGAAUUGAUAAGGAAGAUCCUGAUGAAUUGACAGACGAAGAGAAGAAAAGAUUUGCUAGGCUUGAUAUCGACCCUGAUACAAUCACUUGGCAAAGAGUCCUCGAUACCAAUGAUAGAAUGCUUAGGAAGAUUACUGUCGGACAAGGCGUGGCAGAGAAAGGAAGAACAAGAGAGACAGGAUUUGAUAUCACAGUUGCUUCUGAGAUAAUGGCUGUACUUGCACUCACCACCUCUUUGCAAGAUAUGAGAGAAAGAUUAGGAAAUAUGGUAGUUGCCCAUUCAAAGGCUGGGGAUCCUAUUACUACUGAUGACCUUGGACUGGGAGGAGCUCUAACUGUCCUGAUGAAGGAUGCUAUUUGGCCAACACUAAUGCAAACCAUUGAGAAGACGCCUGUAUUUGUCCAUGCUGGGCCAUUUGCAAACAUUGCUCAUGGAAAUUCAUCGGUGAUUUGAGAUCAAAUGGCUCUCAAACUUGUUGGUGAAGAUGGAUAUGUAGUCACAGAAGCAGGUUUUGGAUCAGACAUUGGAUUUGAGAAGUUCUGCAACAUUAAAUGCAAGUACUCAGGACUCAAGCCCAACUGUGCAGUUUUGGUUGUCACUAUCAGAGCCCUCAAGAGUCACGGAGGAGCUUCGAAGGUUACUCCUGGAAAGAGUAUCCCUAAAGAAUAUUCAGAAGAAAAUCUCGACUUCGUUAGAGAGGGAGCUAAAAUAAUGCAGAAGCAUAUUGAAAAUGUCGGAAAGUUUGGAAUCCCUUGCGUUGUUUGCCUCAAUAAGUUCACAAGUGAUUUUGACUCUGAAAUUGAACUCGUUCUUCAAAUUGCCAAGGAAUCUGGAGCCUUUGAUGCUCAGUUGAGUAAUCACUGGGCUGAUGGAGGAGCUGGCGCAGUAGAUCUUGCCAAUAGUGUGAUUAGUGCUUGUGAAUCAACUAAGGAAGAGAACAAAUUCAACUUUUUGUACAAAUCUGAUGCCUCAAUUGUUGAGAAAAUGGAGACAAUUGCAAGAGAAAUCUACGGAGCUGACGGCAUCGAGAUAGAAGAGGAGGCAAAGAAGCAAAUUGAAGUCUAUACUAAGAAUGGUUGGGACUCUCUACCAAUUUGUAUGGCGAAGACUCAUUUAUCUUUGACAUCAGAUCCAUCUAAGAAAGGUGUCCAGAGUGGGUUUAAAAUCCCUAUCAAAUCAAUCAGAGCUUCUGUUGGAGCUGGGUUCCUAUAUCCAUUGUGUGGAGACAUUAUGACUAUCCCUGGGUUGCCAACAAGACCAGGUUUUUAUGAUGUGGAUAUUGACAUUGACACUGGAAAAAUCCAAGGACUUUUCUAA